AUGGCUGGUGUAGGGAAGACAACCAUUGCCAGAGCACUUUUUAAUGAGAUCUCUUGUCAAUUUGAAGGGUCUUAUUUUCUUGCAAAUGUUAGGAGAGUCUUAAGAAAGCAUGGAUUGGGAGAAGGCCUACGAUAUUUGCGACAGAAGCUUCUUUCUCAUAUUUUGAAGAAAUGCUCGGUGAAUGUAACAAAUUUUAACAGAGCAGGCGAAAUGAUAAACCAAAUGCUUUGCUUCAGGAAGGUUCUAGUUGUUGUUGUUGAUAUGGAUGAAAAUGACCAGGUGUUGGAACAUUUAUUAUAUUAUGCUAAAGGCUUACCCUUAGCUCUGGAGGUCUUGGGUUCUUUUCUCUACAAACAAGGGCUGGUAGAGCAGAGAAGUGCAUUAUAUAGACUCAAAGAUUUCAGUGAUGGGAAAAUAUUUAGGCUAUUCAGCUUAAGUUUAGAUACAUUGUGCGAUGACUACAAGAAUAUUUUUCUUCAUAUUGCAUGCUUCUUUAGAGCAAAAGAGAAAAAAGAUGUGAUUACCAUACUGGAUGGAUUUGGCUUCAAGUCAAAAACUGGAAUAAAUGUCCGCAAAGGACCAUUUUUGUAUAUCUCAAAAGGAAAGAUUGAGAUGCAUGAUUCGAUAGCACAAAUGGGUCAGCAAGUGGCACGUGAUGCUGAGCAGCGCAAACCAUGGAAUUGCAGUAGGCUUUGGCAUGAAAAAGAUGUGAAAACUGUUCUUUCUACAAAUCAGAUCACUAGAACUCUUACAUUUCUCGUGGCUCCCCAGAAUGAAUCGAUUAAAAAAUGGAAAUAUGAUGCCUUUUUGAGAUUUAGAGGGGAUGAUACUCACAAUAACUUUGUUGCCCAUCUCUAUAAAUGUUUGGAAUACAUAGGAAUCAACAUAUGCAAAGAUGAUAUGAAACUUGAAAAAGGUAAGUUCAUUUCAACAAAACUCUUGAAAGCCAUUGAGAAAUCAAGAACUACCAUUAUUAUCUUCUCUGAGGACUAUGCUUCAUCCGCCUGGUGCUUGGAGGAGCUCACAAUGAUCAUGGACUGUGUUGACAAGAAGGAAAAGAAAGCAUAUCCUGUCUUCUAUAAUGUCGAGCCAUCAGAUAUACGCAUGAAAGGUGAGAGCGGCAGCUUUGCUAAAGCGCUGGAAAAACACGUGGAAGAUUACAAGGCUAGUUUUGAGAAGUUGGUAACCAAACACGAGGCAGAUUUCAAGUGUGGUCUGCAAAAGGUAUUAGCCAACAAGCCAGAUCGUGCUCUCAGAAAAAAAAGAUAAGACAAAUCUCAAAGAUAAUUUG